GGCCACAGAUUACUUUAUAAUUUAAACCCAAAACUACAGCGUACAACUGCCGCAACUAAAAACUGAAAUUCGGUUUGGCAUCGCUCCAAACGGACGCUUGGUUUAUUUUGAGCUGUGGAGACCGCAUUUCGUGAGCGUUAUAACCUAAUAGAUUUCAUCGGAUUCUCGCAAAUUGUACUGAAUAUUGGACAAAGGACCGUAUAAUUUACGUCUCUAAGUGGACAAAGUGGCGCCGAAGUGGAUACGAGGUGCUUUGAAAUGUACCUCAGAAACAUAGUUUUUCUGUCACUAUGCGCACUAGUUUUGACAGAAAAAUGCAAUCACAAGCCGAGCUUAGUGCCAGACGAUGUGGAGCCGCUGGCCAACAACAAUUUGUUCACCAUGACCGUGCAAAACAUGGGGAAGGACGUCAACAACCUUUUCAAGCCGGACCAGAGAUAUGCCAUAACCAUUAAAGCGAGCAACGAGAACCACACGUUCAUCUGGUUCAUGAUAACCGUCGAGGAUCCGGACGUGGACGAAAGUGACUACGCGUUCAGGAGACAACAGUACGACGUGGGCACUAUGAAGACCAUGGACGACGACCACAGUGGUCAGUACAGCGACAAGUGUGCUAAUACUGUGGAGAAUAUAGAUAACACUGGCAAGAAGGAGGUUUCGGUCCAUUGGCUAUCUCCCAGUUCCAGUUCCCCUCUGCCCAUUGCAAAAAAAGUGCGCAUUCGCGCAAUGGUGGCCGAAAACGCACGGGCGUGGUAUGUCGGCCCUAAUCUGGACAUCGUGUUGACCAGAGACGACGAACGGCCACUUGACAAGCCGCAGUAUGACGCCAAAGAGACGUGUAAUUUGUGCAGCGAGGCGCGGUAUGAAGUAAUUUUCGAAGGCCAAUGGUCCAAACUGACGCAUCCACAGCAGUUCCCCUCUAACAUGGACAAGAACGCGUACAGCUACAUGGUGGGAGCUUCGCACGACUACGGGUUCACCCUGUGGGAGCCCGACACGUUUGCCAGCCCAGGCCUGCAGGAGGCCGCGGAGAAUGCGAACAUGAAUGUCUUGGAGAAGGAGAUCAUGAGUAAAGUGGGCUAUGGACAAGUUAGCACCCGCACGCUGAUCCGUGGACGCAGAAACGCGCACCCAAACAUGUUCAGGCCGUCCCACGCACUCUUUCGGACGGACAGAACCCACCACCUCUUCUCAUUGGUCAUCGGGAUCCAGCCGUCGCCUGAUUGGUUCCUCGGGGUGUACAAGUACGAGCUGUGCACUGACAACGACUGGCUGGAGUAUGAGGAGCUGCCGCUGUAUCCUUGGGACGCGGGUACUAUGGACGGCGUUUCCUAUAACUCAACCAAGAAAAAAACGAACCCCCAAGAAAGAGUCGGCCGGGUGGCCCUGGGUUCGUUCGAAAAGGAAUCCCCCUUCUACCAGUUAAACUUGAACGACCUCAAGGCCUUCGGUCACCUGAAGACGAGGCUGUUGGACGUUUACCCUGGCAAAGAUUGCAAGGCAGAUAAAACUGAAGAAGAACAAGCAGGAAACUUGGAAACGAGUGCUCAAGAAGAAAUGGAGGAACCUCAAGUGUCAGAGUCUCGUGAAGGCUGCGGCUUCACCAAAUGGGAGCCCUGGUCUCCAUGCUCGCCUGAAGGAGAUUGUGGUUAUGGAAGGCAGUUCCGCGUCCGGUACAAGACAACUUGGAACCACAACUAUAGAAGCCACAUGAACCAUGGAUCUGAUCGUGAAGAGAAGUGCAUAGUGGACCAGAAACUAAUGGACACGGAGUACCAGUCGUGCUAUGUUGAUUGUUAUUAAAGCUUA